CCCUGUCAGUAACUUGGAUCAGCGUGUUUCUUGAUAAGGGGUUUUUGUAGGGUUUACUCUUCACUUUAUUCUAUUCUUUCCAUCUAAAAGAAAUGGGGUCUUUGGAAAAUGGAACACACAAAGCAAGGGAAGAACAGGAACAAGAACCCAUACUAAUGGAGCAAACCCAGAGGUUUUGUAUGUUCCCCAUUCGCUACAAGCAACUUUGGGAGAUGUAUAAAAAGGCUGAAGCCAGUUUCUGGACUGCGGAAGAAGUUGAUCUGUCGCAUGAUGUUCGACAUUGGGAAACUUUGACUGACUCUGAGAAGCACUUCAUAACACAUGUCCUAGCCUUUUUUGCUGCAUCUGAUGGCAUUGUCUUGGAGAAUUUGGCUGCAAGAUUUUUGAAUGAUGUUCAAAUUUCUGAGGCUCGGGCAUUCUAUGGGUUUCAGAUAGCAAUGGAAAAUAUUCAUUCUGAGAUGUACAGCUUGCUGCUGGAGACGUAUAUUAAAGAUUCGAGAGAGAAACAUAGAUUAUUCAAUGCGAUUGAAAAUUUGCCUUGUGUUGCAAGAAAGGCUGAAUGGGCAUUGAGUUGGAUUCAUAGUUCCACUUCAUUUGCAGAGAGACUUGUUGCUUUUGCAUGUGUCGAAGGGAUAUUUUUCUCAGGAAGCUUCUGUGCCAUAUUCUGGCUUAAAAAAAGAGGAUUGAUGCCAGGUUUGACAUUCUCAAAUGAGCUAAUCUCUAGAGAUGAGGGCCUUCACUGUGAUUUUGCUUGUCUCCUGUACAGCUUGUUACAGAGACCGCUAGGUCCUGAGCAGGUUCAUAAGCUUGUACAUGAAGCAGUUGAAAUUGAAACUGAGUUUGUCUGUGAGGCCAUCCCUUGUGCAUUGAUUGGCAUGAAUUCAACACUCAUGAGCCAAUAUAUAAAAUUUGUCGCUGACAGGCUAUUGGUUGCCUUGGGCUAUCAAAAAAAGUACAAAGUGGAAAAUCCCUUUGACUGGAUGGAGUUUAUUUCUUUGCAAGGAAAGACUAACUUCUUUGAGAGAAGGGUGGGUGAUUAUCAGAAAGCAUCUGUGAUGUCAAGCCUCCAAGAUGCCGGGAAAAACUUUGUUUUCAAGCUUGAUGAGGACUUCUAAUUAUGAUCGUUCUAUUACAACUUCAAUUGGGUAUCAAAAUUUUUGUCAAUCACGUGUUUAGUCUACACAUAAGUUAUUCCUAGCUGCUAUCUUCACUCAGGUCAUUUGUAUAAUAUUUUUCUUUCUAUUCUUCAGUGGCUUGUAAUAUUUUAACAAUAGCCAAAACAUCCACGUUACUAUAUUUCUAUCUUUGAUCAUUAUAGAGUGCUCCCUUCAAGUUUUGGAGUACCUGUGGUCUUAUUAUUAUUAUGUUAGUAUAUGUUU